GGCUGUCAACAAACAGCAUCGACCGCUCGCGCCGCCCCUCGCGCUGCUGGGGCGUGACGUCAGCGUGUGACGGUUGGGUCCACUAGUCGUCUCCUCGGGACUGUACUUAACCGCCGCUGUUUAGUGCAGAUUAACCCGGUCAAAUAACUGUCCUCGAGGACCGCACACGGUUAGCUCGGCAACGGAGCAGAUUUUCUCUCUCUUUACGCUGGAGUGGUUUCCUAAAAGUUGCUCGUAAAUGUAGUCUAACAGCAGCAGACGUCGCGAAGUAAAUAGAGAUCUGGACAGUUAGCGAGCGAGCUGCUAGCGAGAGGACAGCGUCUAAAAGUAAGCCUUCGGAGGUCCAGAGAGCGGGAUAAAACGAGGAAAAUGGAGUUAGAGGACGGUGUACUUUACCAGGAGGACCCGGGCUCUUCGGCGAUGAUGUCCGAGCGGGUGUCCGGCUUGGCGAGCUCCAUCUACCGCGAGUUCGAGCGGAUGAUCGGCAAAUACGACGAAGACGUGGUGAAGGAACUUAUGCCGCUCGUCGUGGCGGUUCUGGAGAACUUGGACUCGGUGUUCGCGGAGAACCAGGAGCACGAGGUGGAGCUGGAGCUGCUGAAGGAGGACAACGAGCAACUCAUUACCCAGUACGAGCGCGAAAAAGCGCUGAGGAAAAGCGCCGAGGAGAGAUAUAUUGAGUAUGAGGAUUCUCAAGAGCAGGAAAAGAAAGAUCUACAAAGCCGUGUGCAGAUGCUGGAGGCUCAAACCAGACAGAUGGAGCUCAAGACCAAGAACUGUGCAGACCAGAUUGGAAGAUUAGAGGAGCGUGAAGCUGAGCUGAAGAAAGAGUACAAUGCCCUCCAUCAGAGACACACAGAGAUGAUCCACAGUUACAUGGAGCACUUGGAACGUACCAAAUACCAGCAGAUUACAGGAGAGACCACAGACACGGCGAGUCAGAGCAGAAUUAGGUGAGGAGGUUUCUGAUCUCAUUCACAAAUGCU